ACCCACACGAUCCUUUUAAAUCACACGACCUCAAUUGGACCACAUACAAACUUUCCCUUCCUUUCCAUAAACACACACCUUCAAUUUUCUAGAGAGCGAUCAAUAUGGUAAAGGAAACAAAACUCUACGACCAACUAAGCGUCAAGCCGGAUGCCUCUCAAGAUGAGAUCAAAAAAGCUUACCGAAAAGCUGCAUUAAAAUGGCAUCCAGACAAGAACAAAGACAACCCUUCCGCUGCCGAAAAGUUUAAAGAAUGUUCACAGGCCUACGAGAUUCUCUCCGACCCGGAAAAGCGAAAGACAUAUGACCAAUAUGGCUUAGAAUUCCUACUUCGAGGCGGUGCCGCUCCGCCUCCAGGCGAAAACUCAUUUGCCAGUGCCCAAGGUGGAAUGCCCAAUGGCUUCCAAGGUUUCGACUUCAGUGGUGGCGGUAUACCAGGAGGUGCUCGGUCAUUCCAUUUCAGUACUGGUGGCGGUGGAGGGAACCCCUUCAACUUUAGUAAUCCCGAGAGCAUAUUCGCGGAAUUCAUUCGUACUGGCGGUACUGGUGGUAUGGGCGGAGAUGAUGAGGACGAUUUCAGUCAAUUUUUCGGUGGUAGAAGCGGUGGCAUUCCUCGACCUACAGGUUCUGGAAGAACUCGCAUGCGCAAUAACUUUCCCAGCGGUUCGGAUCCUUUCUCGGGCGGCGGUGCGCGAGAAGUGACACCCGAUGUCACCACAGUCGAGCGCGCUCUACCACUCUCCCUAGAGGAACUAUUCAGUGGCACCACAAAGAAGAUGAAGAUUAAGCGAAAGACCUUCGAUGAUACGGGCAAGCGAACCACUACAGACCAGGUCCUCGAAGUCCCCAUCAAAGCCGGUUUAAAGAAGGGUAGCAAAAUUAAGUUUAAGGGAGUCGGCGACCAAGAGGAGGGUGGAAAACAAGAUUUACAUUUUAUCGUUGAAGAGAAACCACAUCCCCUCUUCUCUCGUGACGGUGACGAUUUAAUCCACACCAUUGACUUAGAUCUAAAAGAAGCCCUAACUGGCUGGAGACGAACCGUCACGACAAUUGACGGCAAGCAACUCAGCGUUGACAAGGGUGGACCUACGGGACCAGGUUCUUCAGAUACUUAUCCCGGCCUUGGUAUGCCUAUCUCGAAGAAACCCGGUGAGCGGGGUAAUUUCAUCAUCAAGUACAACGUCAAGUUCCCAACAAGCUUAACAGCGAGGCAAAAACAACAACUCAAGGAAAUACUAUAAACAAUGGGAACCAUUCGAUUUGAUAUCAUACGGCAAACAUAACGGUGCAUUUUGGCGUUGUAAGGAUUCGGUCAGCAAACGGAAAAUUCGAUUUACGAUAUUCACGACUAUGAGAUAUGAAUUGUUCUUGCGGAAAUUCUCAUCCCAUAUUCCAUACCAUCGGUCUCGGCGGGCUCGGCCUAAAUUGAAGAUUACAAGUCGGGCCUCGAAGAAACAACUCGAUAGUUGAGGAUAUUCGGUCAUAGAGUAUAAGUACAUAUCAGCAGCUACUUUGGUUGUUUUUCUCUAUUUUUCUGAUAGUGUCGGCACUUCGGAAUCGAUCGGGGAUUAAUGGACAUGGGUCGAUAAUUAAUUUAAUCGAUGCAUUAGGUAGUUAUACCAAUAGACAAAUGAAGAAAUUACAAGAUAUAAUGAUGUUGUUCGUAGGUGCGCGCACAUCUCUCACAAAUAUUGUUGCUUUGAUACCCCCGGGCCAGGAUGCUCUGGGAUUGCAGUACGAUAAUGUCCGCAACGGUAAAAAAAGGUUUCUCUAGUUCUUGAUUAAUGCCAGAAUCAUACCAACCAAUGAUACCGCAAAAACUGCUUCCACAGCUAGCGAUUUGGUCUUUCGCAAUUAUAUCACAACAAAUUGAGAAUAAAUGCA